GUUCAGUGUAAAGGGUACUAUUUUGACAUUCCCAACUUUGAUUUUUCAAACUUCCAGUACUAUAUAAGAGCAAGCUUGCUCGUCAAUUGUAUUCAUUUACCAAAUUUCCUAUCUUCUUUUCAAUACAACUUCACAGAAAGGGCAGUUCUGCAGGUUGACCAUUCUGAUAUUACUCACCAAAGUCUUUGGGUGAAUGGGUCUUUCUCUUUCUCUGUUCUUAUCCGCGUGGAAUGAAAUCCUCUGGCUAAAGUUGUUUGGUUUGAUUGACACCAUUGACAAGGUUACAGUGAAGUCCUCAAGCUUGGAAAGGAAAGGAGAUUCAGAAACCACAAAUAACAAGUUUGGUGGGUCAGAUACAAUGAGGUUAGAGAGGUCGUUGAGCUUCAAGCACUGGGAUUCCAAUCAAGAAAAUGUUGAAGCACCUGAUUUAUCUAAAAAUUUGGAUAAUGCUCAAGAAACAAUCCGCAUAACAAAACCCACAAUAAUAAUCCCAGAACCAGUUCUCUUCUUUUCUCCAAGACCCGUUAGUGAGCUUGAUGCUGCUGCAACUAAGCUUCAAAAAGUUUAUAAGAGUUAUCGGACUAGAAGAAAUCUUGCAGAUUGUGCAGUUGUGGUUGAAGAGCUCUGGUGGAAGGCCUUAGAUUUUGCAGCUCUGAAAAGGAGCUCAGUAUCAUUCUUCAACGUUGAGAAACAUGAAACUGCUGUGUCAAAGUGGGCAAGGGCUACCACAAGGGCAGCCAAGGUUGGGAAGGGUUUGAGCAAGGAUGAGAAAGCUCAAAAGUUAGCCCUGCAACACUGGCUUGAAGCUAUUGAUCCACGCCAUCGUUAUGGACACAAUUUACAUUUGUAUUAUGAUGUUUGGAGUAAUAGCAAGAGCACUCAACCUUUCUUUUACUGGUUGGACAUUGGUGAUGGGAAGGAAGCAAACCUGGAGAAGUGUCCAAGGACUGUUCUACAACACCAAUGCAUCAAAUAUCUUGGACCAAAAGAGAGGGAAACAUAUGAAGUAACCGUGGAGGAUGGGAAGCUCUUGUACCGCCAAACUGGAUCACUUAUUAAUACGACUGGAGGUUCUAAGUGGAUUUUUGUGCUGAGCACGUCAAGAGCAUUGUAUGUGGGGCAGAAGAAGAAAGGUGCUUUUCAGCACUCAAGUUUCCUAUCUGGGGGAGCUACAAUAGCUGCUGGAAGAUUGGUAGCCACUGAUGGGGUUCUUGAGGCAAUAUGGCCAUAUAGUGGUCACUAUCUCCCGACUGAGGACAAUUUUAAAGAAUUCAUCAGUUUCCUUGAGGAGCAUAACGUGGACUUGGCAAAUGUCAAGAGGUGUGCAGUAGAUGAUGAUGAUGCUUCAUCUAAGAUAGCCGGCGACGAGUCCAAGUCAAUGAUAGAGGAGAAGAAGGGUCAACUAGACACAAAAGCUGUUGAGGUCAAUAUAUCUAUAAAUUCUACAAGCAACAAUAAUCAAGAAGAAAGUAGAGGAGCUCCAGCAGCCGAAUUUGAAGCACCAGUAAUAUUUGACGAGACCAAGAGGUUGUCAUGCAAGUGGACAAGUGGGGUUGGUCCUAGAAUUGGGUGUGUGAGGGACUACCCACCAGAGCUGCAAUCUCGGGCACUCGAGCAAGUCAACUUAUCGCCUAGGGUCAGCCCUGGCCACUAUCCAAUCUGUGUUCCAAUCCCUUCACCGCGGCCUAGCCCGAAGUUUCGAGUCUCGCCUAGACUUGCGUAUAUGGGUCUCCCCAGCCCGAGGGUACCAGUUAGCUCUGCAAGUUAGAUAGGGAGAUGACUAUGAGCUGGCUUUUCUUAAUAUAGGAAAUUAACCAAUUAUCUUUGUUUUUUCAUUAAUAGUUAACUUGAUCCUAUUGUUGUACAUGAAUGAGCUAUGCAAUGAAUAAAUAUAAUAUUAUCUUUGCAAUGGAGAAACUAUGAAGGAUUCUUGAACUAAUGUGAGAGACAAUUGCAAACUUUAGUAUUUGCUACCUAGUAAUAUGAUAUAAAGAGUGGUUGAACCUUGA